AUGUGGCUUUAUGAGCGGAAUCUUUGUUUCAAAUGGAUUUCCCGUCCGGAACCCAAAGAAGACACUGUCCUAAAAAUUGAUGCAUUUCUUGCAUUUUCACAUGUUGAUGUGGAUCUGAUAAAGGAGUAUUUGGAUAAACUGGAGAAAGGACCUCGCCAAUAUCAACUCCGCUUCUAUCAACGGGACUGGCAGAUAGGCGCAUCCAUUCCGGACUGCAUACUGGAAUCAAUUGAAUGUUCCAAGAGGGUUAUCAUCUUGAUGACCAAUAACUUUGUCAAUUCUUCUUGGGGUAUGUUUGAGUUCCGAUCGGCCAUUAAAGCCACUUCGAUGGACCCGAAUAAGCGACUGCUUGUCAUAUUAUAUCCGAAUGUUAACUUGGAUAACCUAGAGCCUGAAUUGAAGCGGUACAUGACGUACAAUACGUAUCUGAGGAGAGAUGAUCCCCAAUUCUGGAGGAAACUGAUGUAUUCGAUGCCCCAUAAAGAAGUCCAAUGUGAACAAUCUGCACUAACUGAAUGUCCGGCAAUUGAGGAAAGUCAACUAUAA